AUGAAACACAACGACGAGAUGGAUGAUAGCGAAGCUCGAUCAUCCAAUUCGAUAAACAUAGACCUUAUUGGAAGACUCACCCAAGGCCGACUGAAUACCAAGGGCAGAGUCAUGGUUGAUUACGACGCAUUUUUCCAGUAUGGGUAUGGGGGAACGGACGGGCAGAAUGGGGCGCUUAGACCUAACUCUGGGGGUACUGGGUGUGGAUGCAAUGGCUGCCAAGAGAACAAGGGGCUAGCGGCAAGAUACCGGACGCGCUUCGACGACAAAAAGUUUGCGAACUCUCAUGAGACUUGGGACGACGAGCAGUACCUGAUUUUCCUACCCCGUGUACUCGGCUACAUCCCCCAACAAAAGCAAUGGGCACAGCUUCAGGUAAAUCGGUUGGAGUUGCUCGGGACGGGAAAUGAGACAACCGCUUGGGAGUCGCGGCUCAGGUUGGCUAGUAUCGAACAUGAAAAGUCAAAGAGAGGAAGGAAAAAAAAGACGCGCAAGAGGGAUGAGGACGACGAAGAUAAGCUAUUGGAAGUAAAUGACAUUAUGUCAGGCGAAGGGAAGGGUCCUAUAAUCCUACUUUAUGGCCCCCCUGGAGUAGGAAAGACCUCAACGGCCGAGACCAUUGCCACUGCUACUCAAGCCUCUGUUCUCAAUCAGUGUCGCUGA